AUGACUUUCGAUGAUAAAGAUCACAAGAACAACGUCGAGGAGGGUGGCGACACAUACUCGGACGACUAUGAAGAGUUCUACUCGUCUUCCGCCCAAUUGUUGGUGGAUACGCUGAAUCAAGAGAUUCGGUCAUCGCCUGCAUAUACUGAGACAAACACCGCAGACUCUCAAGCGCAAUCUCCCUCCUCCUUGACGUUCCUCUACGUGAAGGUCAUAGGCAAGUGGUCUACCUCGACUGGGGCUGAUGGUCGACGCCCCGGUACACUUCACCCUGCGCAUCGGCAUACCGUUGCUGAAGCUCUCUCUGAGAUGACCGAGGACACAAACUCUGCCGUUGCAUCCCUGUUGCCCAAUUCGACACCAGAGGAGACAGCAACCCUCGUCCAAAGAACCCUGUCCCGGAUGGUAGAGAUGAUGGGAUUUGAUGGCGAUGUGUACGUUACACCAACUCCAGGCGGUACUCAGGAGAACAGUCGUCUUACCACCAUGCAGAGAGAGUCGGCCAAUAACUUGGGUACUGUUGGGUCAUGGGUAAAGGGUCUUUCCGUUCAACGUAUCCAGCAAGUGGGCACCCGGCGCCGACGUCAGCGAACCCUCGGGGUCAGCAAGGGAAUGGAUUCGAAAAGCUAUAAGAGCCCCAGCUCAUCCUCUAUCCUGUCCCUCGGCACCAACAAGAACCAGAAUCAACCAACAAUGUCUUCCAACACUCGAGACCAAGAAUCUACCUACUCCCAGAUGCCGACCAACGCCUCUAUCCGACAGGAAAUCAUGGAUGAAGACCCUUCGUUGUACACUGCCCAAGAGGCGGAUGCUGUCAGGCAUGCGUUUGGUGGCAAUGGUUCUUCUGUCCCGGAGCAGACUGUCGUGGAGGAACAGACUGCCACCCAGGCUUCCAGUGACCAGCAGUAG